CGGCACGUGUGUGUCUGGACUUUGGUCUUCGCAAGCCACGUCAGGCGAACAUGCAGCUGGAGUCUCGGUGUACCGUCCAAAGCAAGCAUAGCUACAUGCACACACGGCACGGGGCAAUGCACAGCGGGGCGCAGAAGUGAGACAGGACGUCGGCCUGUCCGUAGGAGUCGUCCUGCGUCGUUGCUCAUCCCAGCCCAUCUACUUGAGUAUUCCUGGCGUCCUCUUCUCUUCCAUUCUUUCACACCCGCGAGCCUGAUAGACCACUCAUACCUACUUUGAAAGAAGAGACCACGAUGCUGUCCCACCAACUCAAACUCUCUUUGCUCUUCUGCUUCGCCUUGUUCCAUCUGAUCUCCGCAGGUACACAAUGCGGACAGAGCCAGUGGAAUUGGGGAGGCUGUGAAACGUGGCAUGGUAGCAAGUCGAGGGCUGUCGUUCCCACUAGCACCACGACCACAAGCACCACUACAACUUCGACCGUCACCGUCGCCGCUGCUGCCGCUCUCGCCGUGAAAACUGUCACAGUAACCCCGACGCCGGUCACGACUACCACGACAGUGACUUCAACUACCACAGUUUCAACGGAUGAUGUUACCGCGACGACCACUACUACGACAACGACCACAAGCAUCACGACUACCUACACCUUCACCUAUUCCAAUUUCAACCUUAAAAAACGAGCCGCUCCUACGCCAUAUCUCGACAUGAGAGCUGUGGACGUGCCUGAGAUAGAACAAAGGACUCCCCAGACUUUGCUUGAGCGACGAGAAUCAUGGCCACAGAGUGUGCUUUGCCAUGAGACGUGGUGGUGGCACCAAUGCACAACGACGAGGCCGACUAGGCCUACCCGCACGGCCACAACGACCCUUCCGACCUCUACCGUGACCCGCACCCUUGUUGUGGAGGACGAUGCUACAUUUACGACCACCGUGACGACCUCUGUCUUUACCUCGGUUUACACGACAGUCAGUACGGCGAGCGAAGCCACAACUACGUCCGUUACCACCGCAUUUUGAAGUCGCUUUGCGAUCAUCUUGGGCGAAUGCCAUGAUGGGGUGAUGAAGGUCCCGGAUGCCAGGAAACUCGAACCAUUUUACGGCAUUACUCAUAACUUAGGGUAUUCCUUGUAUUAACGAUCUCCUCGUUCCUCC